AAAUAAAAAAAAAUAUAUCUAAUGAAAAAAUAUACAAAUUUAUCGAUGAAUGUGUUGAAGAAUACACCGAAAAUUUUACACAAUUUCAUAAACUCAACAAGCUUCCAUUUGUAAAAACAAGCAUUUUUAAUUUUAUUAAAGAGGAUAUGAAUGAUGUAGCAUUAGAUGGUUCUCAUCGUUUUUAUAAAUUUAAACACAAAAAACUUUAUGAUUUUUUUUACGAUCAUUACAAAUCAAGUUAUAAAAAUGAAUUCUAUGAGCUUUAUAAUUUUGGUGCAAUGUGGAAAGGUGAAGAACUUUUUCGUUGGAUUA